AUGUAUGUUUGGGUAGUAUCUGAAACCUCCGCGUGUCUGAACUUCUUUGGAACACAGAAACUUGAACGCGAAAUCAAGAUCUGGACCGGAUUGAAACAUCAGUAUAUAUUGUGCCUGCUUGGCAUCGCAACAGGUUUUGGUCCAUUUCGAGCAUUGGUUUCCCCCUGGAUGCCGAACGGGACAUUGAACUCCUAUCUUCGUGAAAAUACAACCCUUGCGAGGUUGGACAGGCUUCGCAUUCUUAAACAGAUUACCGAGGGGCUCAAAUAUCUCCACGACAAUGACGUGAUUCACGGCGAUCUGACCAGUAAAAAUGUCCUAAUCGCUGUUGAUGGAUCCCCGCGCCUUGCAGACUUCGGUGUUUCGAAUAUCAUGGUAGAAUCUAAUCCGGCAUUCUCCUUCCACAAUGGCGCAGUUUGUUGGGCAGCUCCAGAACUCCUCUUCCCGGAAGGUGAAACCGUGCCAUGUGCCACCAAAUCCAGUGAUAUAUAUGCUCUUGGGUGUAUCAUGCUUGAGGUAUUAUACAGCAAAACACCCUACUGGUGGAUUAGCCAGAAUGCCGUGCAAGUUGUGUCAUCAAAGUACAAAGGCCAAGAGCCCAUAAAUAACACCAUGCAAAUUCAAGCACGUCAUCUGGAUUUCUUGCGGCGGUGCUGGUCAAUCAAUAGUGAGAGUCGUCCAUCAGUGGAGGAGGUACUGGGCUUUCUCGCUGAGAAAGCUAUGUCUGACUGGGUCUCAUCUACAUAAUAUCGCUGUUCGGAACUGGUUCAUUCUCGUCUUUUUUAUUCUAGCUGCCUCAUGUUGAGAGCCGAUGUGUCCGAGGGAAGUAAGGCCGAGAGAGAGAGAGCUGAGAAAGGAAAGGACGAUACGGCCGAAGAAUAGAGCACAUCGAGUGCGAGC